AGUGUCAUGGAGGUAUCAUGGCUGAAGGGACGCGCCUAGUUCGCGUUGAAGAAAGACUAAAGAUUAAAAUCGGUACGAAAGUUUGUUAAGAACAUCGUUUACUAAGAAUGUGAAGUUGGCAAGAGCUGUGUGAUGCAUUGAUAUUACAAUAAAAUAUCAUUACUUCAAAAAAGUUUGAGGUGUUAUUACACGCGUGCUACUUGUUUGGGGCUCGGGUUUAUACCGAAUUCGAUUUCUUUCGAUUAUUUAAUUUUACUGUUCAAAUGAAAGAUGCUAUUUUACAAAUCAUUUUAUCGUAUACGAACUUGUCAAAUCCGUUGUACAGUCGUAUAGUAAUGAUAUUUCUGCUAAACUUUAGUGAUCAACACACGUAAGCGUACAUUUUCGACUCCCACGCAUCGUUGUCCCUGCGCGAAUAUAUGCUUUUUAGUUAGCUAUCACUAAAAAGAAUUGAUUAUACUUAUUACUAUUGAAGAUCUUUUUGUAAUAUAAAGAUAUUAAUUAAGUUCGUCACACAUGAUUAGCAAUUAUGAAUUUCCUUCUUUAUUUCAAUUCAAAAUGUGUCGAGAAUUAUUUAGUUUAGUUUACGAUACAGUUCUAUACACAUUCAUAUCACAGUAAACAAUGUCUUAUUUAUUGUAUUUGUUAUAGCUUACAAGAAAAAAAUUUUAUUACAUAAAAAUGAUAUUCUUUAUAUAUAUUUUCUCCAUAUCUUUUUAACUUAUUAUUAUUUUUUCUUUUAAAUUAUAUACAUUUCUUGAUGUGCAAUAUUUUCAUUGCAAUAUAUUACUUAAAUAGGAUUGUUUGACUUUUAUAUACAUAUAAUGAAAUAAAUAAAUUAUAAUUAGAUAUUAUAAUUAGACAAGGUUAAUAUUAUUAAUAUUAUUAAUUUAUUAUUUGAAUUUAUUUUUACAAGUUUUAUUAUUAUUAUUCCUUAAUCAUUGAAAUGUAUCAGUUGUUACUAAUAUUUAAAAUGUUUUGAACAUUAAAUAUUAAUAGAAACAAUUUGACAAAAUUCUUGUUAAUUAAUUUUGUAAAAAAAUAAUUUUUUUAAUGUUACAGAAGUUUAUAUUUUUUAUUUUUAUGAGAAUACAAAAUUGUAUUUAUUUAUGCAAGUGGAAAAUUAAUUCAGUCUAUUAAUUGUAUCAAAUAAACAUUUAGUUUAUAAAGAGAUAUUUAUUUUAUUAUAUUUAGGUGAAGUGAAAAAUUUACAAAGCAGAAGCCAUGGAUUUCCCGGUGCAAGAGACGUUUAUUGUGUAUUAUCUCUUGAUCAAGAGGAAAUAUUUAGAACAACAACAAUGGAAAGAACUCUCAAUCCAUUUUUUGGAGAAGAAUUUCAAUUUGAAAUACCUAGAAAAUUUCGUUAUCUUGGCAUUUAUGUUUACGACCGUGAUAGACAUUUAAAACAAGAUAAAAUUUUGGGUAAGGUAGCAAUAAAAAGAGAAGAUUUAACAGCAUAUCAUAAUAAGGAACACUGGUUUCCCUUGAGACCAGUUGAUGCUGAUUCUGAAGUGCAAGGUAAAGCACAUCUGGAACUUGCUCUUCAAUCUCAAACUGGAUACAGUCAACCUAAGCUUACAGUAAGGAUAAUAGAAUGUAGCGAAUUAACUGUUAAAAACAGUGGUUGUGAUCCUUUUGCAACCGUUACAGUUAACUAUAGUAAUGGUAAACAAGUAUUAAAACGCACAAAAAUUAAAAAGAAAACAGUAUCUCCAUAUUUUAAUGAAACAUUUAUUUUUGAGCCAGAAAUUAUAGAACCCAAAGAGAAGGAUAUUUCACAUUAUCCUCUUGAACGUGGUGAAAUUGGUGAAGUAGUUAUAGGCUUAUGGCAUGCAUCUUCCGGUAUGGGAGAACAACCAGCUUUUCUUGGUGAAGUUAGAGUUACUUUAAAAGGCUUGCAAAAACAACCAACUAACACAACAACUGCAUGGUAUUUUUUGCAACCUCGACAAGUGAAACAUCGUCCAAAUAAAAUUUCAAACAGUUCUACAUCGCCUGGUGCACUUCCAGGCUUGGGAUCUUUGCGAUUAAAGAUACAUUAUACAGCGGAUCAUGUUUUUCCAUCAGUAAUAUUAAGGAGUUUGUUAUUACAAAGUAUCAAUAUUCAACCAAUAACAUCUUCUGCUGUUUAUAUUUUGGGAGAAAUUGUGGCAAGUAAAAUGGAAGCUGCUCAACCAUUAGUUAGGGUAUUAGUACACUAUGGACAAUUGGUUUCUGUAAUGAGAGCUUUAGCUAGUCAUGAAAUUUCUAAAUUAACUGAUCCAACAACAAUAUUUCGUGGUAAUACAUUAGUAAGCAAAAUGAUGGAUGAAGGUAUGAGAUUAGCAGGCCUUCAUUAUUUACACAGUACGCUUAGACCGGCUAUGGAACAAGUUUUUCUGGAGAAAAAACCAUGUGAAAUAGAUCCAACAAGAGUAAAGGAUGCAAAUACAAUUCAAACCAACUUGACAAAUUUAAAAGAAUAUGUUCAGAGGGUAUUUACUGCUAUUACUACGUCUGGUGUACGGUGUCCACCAUUAAUGUGUGAAAUGUUCUGGUGUUUAAGAGAACUAGCAGCAACACAUUUUCCAAAAAAUAAGGAAGUAAGAUAUUCAGUCAUCAGUGGAUUUAUUUUUUUACGAUUUUUUGCACCUGCAAUAUUGGGUCCAAGAUUAUUUGAUAUUACUACUGAACAAAUUGAUUUCCAAACUAAUAGAACAUUAACAUUAAUUUCUAAAACAAUUCAGAGUUUGGGAAAUUUAGUAAGUUGUAGAGGUGGAGCUGGUAGUGUUUGUAAAGAAGAAUAUAUGGAAUGCGUGUACAGAGAAUUUUAUACAGAAAAGCAUAUACAAGCGGUUAAGCAAUUUUUAGAAUUGAUAUCGACCAGUAGUAAUAGCGGUAUUGCAAAACAACGAAUAAAUACUCAACAAGAACAACCAAUCGUAUUGAAAGAAGGAAUAAUGAUUAAAAGGGCACAAGGUAGAAAAAGAUUUGGUCGAAAAAAUUUUAAACAAAGAUACUUUAGACUUACUACACAAGAUCUGACUUAUUCAAAAACAAAAGGUAAAGAACCUUUAUGUAAAAUACCACUUGAAGAAAUAUUAGCUGUUGAAAAACUUCAAGAAGAUUCAUUUAAGAUGAAAAAUAUGUUUCAAAUUAUUCAAUCACAAAGGGCAUUAUAUAUUCAAGCAGGAAAUUGUGUUGAGGAAAAAGAGUGGAUUGAUAUUUUAACAAAAAUUUGUCAUACAAAUAGUAAUCGAUUAGAAAAAUAUCAUCCGAGUGCAUAUGUUAAUGGCCAUUGGCUUUGCAAAGCAGUAGCAGAAAUUGCUCCAGGAUGCAGUGAAGUAUCACCGGGAGUAGAAGCUGGAUUGCGUAUGGUGCUAGAUCCAGAUCGAGAUUUGCAGCGAAUACAUUCUUUAAUAUUUACAAAUAUGCCGCGACUUGAAACAUUAAUGAAUGCGUGUGAAUGUCAAGCUGUUUAUGGAGCUAAUGACAUGUGUAUUAUACCGGGUGGUGGAUCUCUUAUAGAAGAUGUGCCCUCUUGUUUUAAAACUUUAACUGCAUUAAGAGAAGCUGCAUAUGCUUUACAGCACGAGCAUAGAGCUUAUUUUAGAAAAUUAGCACGCGAUACUAAAUAUGGAAGCAAGCAAGCUCCAAUUGGUGAUGAUAAUUACCUUCAUUUAGCUGCUAGAGCUGGAUUUGAAAGUCAAUUAACAAAACGUGCUUAUGAAAUAGACAGUUUAAAUCAGCACUAUGUAGAAACAAAUCAUUGUUAUGACAACGGAUUUUCCAGACGAAUAGAGGAUCAACGAUCAUACGAUGAAACAUUUAGAAAACGUCUAGAUUCUGGUUCAAUACAUCGUAGGUAUGAAAACGAAAAUAAUUUACUACGACGAUACGAAAAUAAUAUUGACACUAUUAAAAGUAUCCAAAAUGAUCUCAAUACAUUUGACCAUAGUUUAAAUAAUACAUUUAGAACAGAUAACUCUGAAAAAAAUGUAAAUUUAGAAAACAAUAGAAUUUUAGAUAGUUCCAGUUUUUUGACAGCAGAUGGAAUUACUAUUUCUAAUACAUUAUCAAGAAAGUUCAAUAGCUAUGAUCAUACCAAGCUAUUGAAAGAAUGUACAGUAACAAAAUUCAAAAAUGACAAAACUGAUAUAUCUUGUAAUUCUUUGAAUGAUCAUAUUCAUUAAUUCAUUUAAAUUUUGAAAAUGAAAACAUGUUCCUAUAAAAUUUUCAUACGUUCAUCAUGUUACAUCAUGUAUGAUAAUGUUAUCCACAUUAAAGGCACAAUGUCUUUAAAUUCAUAUAAAACAUGCAAGAUUAUAGUUCUUACAGUGAUACACAGUAUAUACAGUAUAUACAGUUUAAGUGUAUAUAUCAUUAAUUUUCAAGCUAUUAGAAAUAUAAAAAAUUAUUUAUAUAAAAAAAGUGUUCCUAAAAAAACAUAAGAAAUACGAUAGAAAACUGAAAUUUUGUAUGAUAUAAUUUUGUUAACUCUUUGACUAGUAAUUACAUAAAUGGACAAAAAAAUUUCGAAACAAAAAAUAUUUUGAACUUUGAAUGUUUUCAAAAAAUUGAAACAUCAUUUAAAUCGUAUCGUUUGAAAAUAUAUAUCUUGUAUAUACUUUAAAUCAAAAUAUAAAUAUU